CUACAGAGGUUCCUGUGGCUUCCUUGGAUUUACCGUGACGCGCAGUCUUGUUUAAUGUCUGAGAGCCCUCUGAGACCGUGAACUACCGAGGUGUCCGCUCAAAGCGAAAAGCUGUCCGAAAAGAGCCGUCGGUUGAGAGAAGAGGCGCAAUGGAUGAAGAGGAGCAGUUUGUGAACAUCGAUCUGAACGACGACAAUAUCUGCAGCGUCUGCAAAUUAGAGACUGAAACGGGGACCCUGUCCUUCUGCCACGUCUGCUUUGAACUCAGCAUCGAAGGCGUCACCUCGGCCUCCUUGCUGCACUCGAAGUCGCUGCGUGGCCACAGAGACUGCUUUGAGAAAUGCCACCUCAUUGCCAAUCAGAAGCUGUCCCACUCCAAGGUCUCCAGAAGUGCCUAUGAGGGCAUGAAGCUGGCCCUCAGCCAGAAGCUGAACCGCAUCAUCCAGUUCGCCCAGAACAAAGACUCGCUCUCCUCCAGCGGCUGCGCCAGACGGGGGGCAAAGCUCCUCUGUUACAGCCAGCAGGGCGAGCGCAAGCUGCUGCCCCAGUCUGACGCCCAGGUGCCCCGCUACGCCCCCUGCUGGGACAGGGCCAGGGCGACGGGGCUGCCUGCGUACGCUGCGGGGAUGCUGGAGAGUCAAACGGCCGAGGAGGUGGAGCUGCUGCGCGAGUCGCAGGCCGACGGUUGGAGCAGGGACGGACGAAAGGAUCUGCACAGCUGGAAGCAGUCGUCAGGACAGAAGCAGCACAGAAACCAGGGGCACAGCAAAGACGAAUUGACGAAAAUGAGUGUGGAUGAGCUCCAUCAGCUGAACAGCCAACUGCUGAAACAGAUUGAAAAGGUCUUUGAGGAGCUGACGGCCGCCGUGCAGGAGAAGGACGCCUUGGCGUCUGAGCUGCACGUCCGCCACGUCGCCAUCGAGCAGCUUUUUAAAAACUGCACCAAACUGCCCUGGCUGCACAUCAGCAGGGCCGGCGUGAAGGCCAGCACCAGCGGAGCCGCCGUGGAAUGAAGGGCUGGGAGACGGCAGCACCCCCAAAGGUGGACUCUCUGAAGAGGAUGAUGAUGAUGACCAUGAUGAAGUGGACUGCCUCAGCAUGGAGGAAGCGUCUGGAUUCCGCUAGACUUUUACACUGUGCCGGCAUUGGGCCACCGGCUCUGCAUCCUCACAAGUUGUCAAGGGCUCGGUUGUUUUGCGGGCGCAGAAACGAUGCGAGGGUUUUCAGCGCUUGGCUUGUUGCGGCUUGAAUUGCAACCUGCUGAUUACCCAGCAUGCAUGUUGAGGACAGCGGGUUCCAGAUACGCCACAGCGUAGAACUGGAAGGGAACGUCUGCGUUUUAACGUGCCGCAGACUCUUAAAAAACGUUUUUUGUUUGAAUUGACUUUUAAUAUUUGCUGGUGGUUUUCUUUUACACCGAGUUUUAUUUCGUAUGCUGUUCGAUAAUUAAUCAGUUUCAUUGUGCUCGGCACGUCUUUACCUUCGUUCUCUUGAACAAAGUAGCUACGGACAUUCAGUUUUUUUUAGUGUUUCUUCAAUUCGUUUUCAGUUAAGAUAUGAGAAUCAGUAUUUUGAUCUUUGAAAAAUGAAAAAGUAUUCUAUUCAGUCAAGCUUCCUAGCUGCACAAUAUUUACCUAAAACAGGUAGUGAGACGAGGUGUCAGAUUGUCCUGAAAAUGCCGUUUGGACUCAAUGAUUGGUGAAAACUGAGUGUCUGAAAUCAGCAAACCACUGUUUGUCCAUUCAUAUUUCUUUAUAGUUAAGUACUAUCAUAAAUUAUAGAGGAAAAAAAUUGUCAUAAAAUAAUCUAAUAGUUAUUUUCUGAAAGCUUUUUUUUUUUUACCAUACGUCCAUUUAUCGUCAUUCUGGUCCUUGUUUGGGUCAGACGAUUAUGGUCCUAGAGCUAAGCAAAAGUAAUUUAAAAAUGACUUGUAGUCCACCUUGAGGAAAUGACUUAUUAUGAGUAAAAUAUUUUGAAAAAUAUUUUACAUUACAUUUUAAAACUGUACACCUGAAAGUACUCCAAAAAAGCUUCACAUUUCCACCGAUUCAGUGUUUGGGAACGACGUACAUACUAGAUCUCUGUCAGUUUGGUUUCUAAUUAUGUUUUUCAAUCAUGACUUUUUACACUCUGUUGCCUAAGGAGACGUGUUACGUGAGGUUCACCUUCAAGUCUGUGUCCGUUCUGUUACUUCUGGUGUAAUAAGUUUCCCCAUUUCAUACAAAGCAGUGUGACGUCUGUCGUGUAGCUAUCAAGCACAAAGCACCAUGGAUGGUUAUACACUUAUUCAAGAGAACAUGGAGAUUCUGAAAAGCAAAACCAGGUACAAUACCAAAGUCUGUUCUGCAUUUUAUUUAAAAAAAACAAAACAAAA